AUGAUCAAUAAGGAUAAAGAAACGGGCGAAAUACAUAUGCGUCAUUAUUUCAUUGAUAUUAGGGAAGUGGAUAUCUCAAGAAAUUUGAAAAGGCUAUAUAAAGCCAAAAACAAUUUAGGUAAAGCAGUGCCGAAUGUUCAUCGAAAAGAAGAUAUAUCCUCAUUGAUAUUAGAUCAUGAUUUAGGAGCCUACACGUCAGAAUCUGAAAUUGAAGAUGAUGCUAUUUUAAGGAUGAUUGAUAAUCAAAACGUGAAAGCAAAGCAUUUUCAAAGUUCGAAAUCGCAAAAGACAUCAGUUGAAAAGAUUGAUGAUGAAGAGCACGGAAAAAAUACAGAAGUAGUAAUGGAGGAAAAUAAACGACCAGAAAGCUCUCAAGUAGCUCCAUGUAAAAAAUUUACCAAGUUAACAGAGUUAAGAGCAAGACGAUCGCUGAAACUUGUCAAGACAGAGGAAGGUAUCUGUUCGGGAAAAGUGUUGCAUCACGAAUAUGUCCUAAAAUCAAGCGAAGAAAUCAGAACUUUGGAAAGAGGUAAGCUGGGAAGAUGA